AUGUACGAAGUGUCGACGUCAAUUGCGCUCAGCGCGCUUCUCAAUCGCAAGAGCUACCUGGUCCUGCGGCUCAAAAUUGUCGGCAGAACCAAGGAGCUUUCCCAGGUGGACACGAACACACUCACCACGAGCACCUUCGCCACCCUCCUAUCUCACUGUCUUUCUUUCACUCUUGCGCAUACGCAUUAA